GAUAUAAUUACAAGAAUGCAGGAUGACAAAGCAGGUGGAGUUCCCAUCCGAACAGUCAAGAGCUUUCUGUCUAAAAUCCCCAGCGUCGUCACAGGUACUGACAUUGUGCAGUGGCUCAUGAAGAACCUCAGCAUCGAGGACCCAGUGGAAGCAAUACACAUGGGAAGUCUUAUAGCAGCACAGGGCUAUAUCUUUCCAAUCUCAGACCAUGUUCUUACCCUGAAAGAUGAUGGGACCUUCUAUCGUUUUCAGGCCCCAUACUUUUGGCCUUCAAACUGCUGGGAACCAGAAAAUACAGACUAUGCCAUCUAUCUUUGCAAGCGGACCAUGCAGAACAAAGCUAGGCUGGAGCUGGCGGAUUAUGAAGCCGAAAACUUAGCAAGACUGCAGAGGGCUUUUGCAAGGAAGUGGGAAUUCAUCUUUAUGCAAGCAGAGGCCCAAGUGAAAAUUGACAGAAAAAAGGAUAAAACUGAAAGGAAAAUUUUGGACAGCCAGGAAAGAGCAUUUUGGGAUGUGCAUAGGCCAGUGCCAGGCUGCGUGAACACAACAGAAAUGGACAUCAGAAAGUGUCGCCGUAUGAAAAACCCACAGAAGGUCAAAAAGUCAGUAUAUGGGGUUACAGAAGAUUCUCAAUCCCAAAGCCCUGUACAUAUGCCCUCCCAACCCGUACGAAAAACUACAAAAGAGGACUUCCGAAAAAAAAUAACCUUUCUGAAUGUGCAGAUAGACAGACACUGUUUAAAAAUGUCCAAAGUAGCUGAAAGUUUAAUAACUUACUCAGACCAGUACAUUGAAUAUGAUCCAUUUAUAACUCCUGCUGAACCUUCCAAUCCCUGGAUAAGCGAUGACGCUACAUUAUGGGACAUAGAAAUGAGCAAAGAGCCCAGCCAACAACGUGUGAAAAGAUGGGGCUUCUCUAUAGAUGAGGUGCUGAAGGAUCCAGUGGGACGAGACCUGUUCCUUCGUUUUCUGGAGUCCGAAUUCAGUUCAGAAAACCUCAGGUUUUGGUUGGCUGUCCAAGAUCUCAAAAGACAACCUUUGCAGGAUGUAGCCACCAGAGUGGAGGAAAUCUGGCAAGAGUUUCUAGCUCCAGGGGCACAAAGCCCUAUCAACCUGGACUCUCACAGCUAUGAGAGAACAAGUCAAAACGUCCAAGAUCCGGGGAGAUACACGUUUGAAGAUGCCCAGGAGCACAUUUACAAGCUGAUGAAGAGUGACAGCUACGCACGUUUCCUCCGUUCUAACACGUACCAAGACUUAUUGCUGGCGAAGAAGAAGCCAGAGAAUGAGCAAGGUCGUAGAACUUCUCUAGAAAAGUUCACGCGCAGUGUGUGUAGCUGGCGCAGAAUGGCUGCCGCGUUACACUCCAGAGGUCACUUCCUUCCUAGUCUGGGGAAAGUCUCUGGCAGGCAAGCGCCUCACAGGCCUGAUGCAAUCCUCCUGACAGCCUCAGCUGGACAAGCAGUUGCUGACAUCCCUGAAGGACAGCUGCACUCCACCUCCAUGGAGGAAGUUUCAUUUUGGGGAGAAUGGGUCACUGUGAGAGAGAGUGCGAAUGAGAGCAAGGGGAGACAAAGGAGCGCAAGACGAAAUCGUGACAUUGAUUUGCCACAAGGCGGCAUGUAUGAUGUUGGGUGA